AUGGCUGAGGCUCUCGGUGUUGCCUCUAGCAUUGCUGGCUUGGUAUCGCUAGCUGAUACGGUUGUUCGGCUGGGUUACAAAUAUAUCAGAGAUGUCAAAGAUGCUGAAAAGUCUGUCCAAAAUCUCGUUGAAGAAGUCAACAACCUUUCUGGUGUGCUUCAUAGUCUCGACAAUGUGGCACAGGCACUGGAAACGCAAGAUAAUUCGGUGCAUAGCUCCAGCAAGAUACAACAUCUAUAUUCUUGUCAAACAACCCUAGAGAAAAUCACAGACCAACUCGAGAAAGCUAUACCAGCAGUAAAGUCAACAUCUCAGAAGCUAAAGUGGCCAUUUAAGAAAGCAGCGAUUUCGGAGUUGUUGAAAGAGAUCCAGAAUCACAAAUCUACCAUGAUCAUGGCUUUAAAUACUCAACAAAUGUCUACCUUGAUUGAGAUACUUGCCAACCAAGAGCAACUUAAUGAAGGCGUCGCUGCCAUAAAUGCUAGGAUGGAGGCUUCCCGAAAAGAACGGCAAAGAUUGGCUGCGGACGAAAGAGUAAAGAAGAAGCUCAAUCUUCUAGGUACCAUCGAUGUCAUGAAAUGGCAAAAUUCGAAUAUUAGAUUGAGACAACCUGGAACAGGCGUCUGGUUCACCGAGAGCAAGGACUUCAAGGAUUGGGCAUCUACAGGCAAUUCAAAGUUAUGGAUCCAUGGAAUACCUGGAGCCGGGAAAACGAUUCUGAUGGCAUCUGUUAUAAAAGAGAUUGAACAAACCCAGGAUUCAUCUCAUGGACUUGCAAUGUUCUAUUGUGAUUAUAAGGAUACUCAGACUCACGAUUCACGGAUCAUUCUGGGGGCUUUGGCGCGACAACUGAUUCUUCAGCAUGAAGAUGCUUUUACGCAACUGGAAGCUUUCUGCGAGAAGCACCACAUGACGGAAACCACUCAAGGCUCAGCCACCACUGACGAUCUUUGCGAAUUUAUCGUCGAGUUAUCAAGAAAUUUCUCCACUACCAGUAUCGUAGUAGACGGCCUAGAUGAGAUUGCUGAAGAUCGCGCAGAGGUCACAGGACUUCUGAAAUCCUUGAACAAGCCAUCAGGAACAAUCAAAACCCUCUUGGCGAGUCGCAAUGAGGUUGAUAUCCGAAAUAUAUUGGAAGAUUAUCCCUGUGUUUCCAUUGCGGCAAAAAGUGGUGACUUGCGACUUUAUGUGCAUUCUGAGAUAGAGAAGCGAACGAAACUCGGCAAGCUCCGUAUUAGAGAUCAUAACCUGAAAGACCACAUUGUCAAAGUACUUACAGAAGGCGCUGAUGGCAUGUUUCGGUGGGUUGCAUGUCAAAUGGACUACCUUUGCGAAUGCAGUACGGAUCGAGAUCGCCGUGAAGCCUUACGCAAAUUACCUCCAAAUCUGCCCAAAUCAUACGAACGUAUUCUUGAUAGGGUCAAUCGAAGCAGUAAAGAGAAUCAAACCCUUGUCAGGCAUACACUCCUUUGGGUGGUAUACGCCGAAGAGCCGCUAUCGAUAGCACAACUGCUCCAAGCACUUGCAGUAAGACCUGGCGACGAGACUUUCGAGAAGGAAAAUAUGACUACAUUGGACGAACUCCUCAACUGGUGUAGUAGUCUCAUUCGCCAGAAGUCUCAAUCGGAUGAGCUAGAGCUUGCACACUUUACAGUGAAAGAAUACCUCUUAAGCCUUUCUGAAGAAUAUGGUCCAGGUCUUUCACAAUAUAGAAUCUCUGGAGAUCAUGCCGAGAUUGUGAGAAUGUGUUGUGACUUCUUGAGCCUUUCGGAAUUUGAUGGAAUGCCGCUACCAGUGACAAAUCUCAAACCGGAGUUGGCAGAUUUCGAUGAAGCCUGGGAGGACUUCGAGCGCAACUACUCGUUCAUAGAUUAUGUUCUCCGUUUCUGGGCUUGCCAUGUUCAUCAAAGUACAUGGAGCGAAAUUUCGAAUGAUGUGUUACUGCUUUUUGAUGAAACGAGAAGUAGUUACAGAUUGUGGACAUUUGGUCGCUAUCAUUACGCAAUGGUAUCUUGUUGCCGUAUCACUGACUUGUUAGAGUCAGAUGAUCUUCUACCAGCAAAUCAGCUGAAUUGCGUGAUAGGGUCAUCAAGACCUUCUGCUCUUCACUGGGCUGCUAUGGUUGCUUUGCCCGAUAUUUGCACCGCGCUCAUAAAUCGUGGAGCUGAUGUAAAUGCACCAAGCGUUGUUGGCAGUCCAAUUGAGUGUGCGAUACUGUGCCAUAACGCAAUAUAUGAGGACGCACAGAUAUUGUGUGAGGUGGCACUUGAGGAAUCGAAAGAUUGGAGAUGGGAGUCGAGGAAGAAGGCUAUCAAAGAUUUGAUCAUAGCUGGUGCAGAUCUCAAGAAUAUCGAUGUCAUAGAUCAUCUCUAUCAGCACUGGGUUACAUUCGCAUUUCGAUAUGACGAGAAAGACACCAAUUUCUUCCAAUUCAUAUUCGAUCAAAACCCAACUUUCUCCAUUGAGAGUCUAAGUACAUUUCUUCAAUACACUCGUCAUAAAGAAGAUGCGAGAUAUCACCCCUCAGAAAUGCUUUAUGACGAUGCUAGCCUGCCCGUCGAAUUCCUAACAUGGGCAGCACGAACGAAUUUCGCACAUUUCGCACCGGACACAUUGCCGUUAUUUCUUGUAAUUAUUCAUGAUGAUCUAUCUCAUUCCAACUAUUCGCCGUCAAGCCUUGAGCUUUUUCUCGAUAUUGAAUUUCUUGGCAUAUCACGAAAUAACAGAGCGGACACAACUCCUAUUUCACAAGAGCAUACUGGGCAUUGGAUAACGAAACUGAGCGCCUCAAUGUUGGAGUUCAUCCGAUCUUCAAGAGUGAAUUCUCCAAACUGCCUUGAAAAGAUAAUCUCAAAGAUAUUAGCCUUUCCAGAAAUUGCAUCAUCUGUGGCAGUACUUGGCCUUAUCUUUAGACUGGGGAACAACAAUAUUGUGCUGGAUUUCAACUGGCGAAACGAAGUAGGGAACACGAUUCUUCACGAAUUUUUGGAAGGGGUGAAGUUCAAGUAUCGUUGGAAAAGCGCACAUUCAAUAAUCCUGACAGCCGUUCUACAACAUCAGGCGAAUUUGACCAUCUCAAACAAUAUGAAUAUCACUCCAAUAGAGCUACUAAUAUCCCGUUCAGAAACUAACUCAGAUGAAAUGUUAUCUAUUGUCAAAAUAUGGCAAGAGGGAGAUGUUUCAAGUGCGUGUGAGAAGAACCCCGGUCUGCUUGAAAGGUUGCUUCACGCAGCAAACUCGGUCGACAAAGUCGAAUAUAUUUUCGGACAAUUGGCGAAGGACUUGGGCAGCCACAUACAAUUGCUGCAAGAUAUAUUGGCUCGUUAUUGCACGGUAGAUUAUAUGAAGGAGCUAUUCAGUCUGCGCAUUGAAGAUGGGCUACAGAAAGAUUAUAUUUCGGCGCCUGAGGAAGAAAGUAGCUACGAGGAGCGCAGCGACGAAGGAGGCAGCGACGAAGAAGGCAGUGAUGAUCGGUCGUCUGUGGUAGAAUCAUUCGACUACGCUUUUUCAGUGGUUAACACAGAAGACGUGCCCACAGACAAAACUUUAGCGGAAAGCGGUGGAUCUUUAGCUGUAGAUGAAAAGACACGUUCAUAUCUACAUUUACUAUCAGGCAGCCACGACUCAGCAGAUUUUUGGGAGUUACGAUUAUUGUUAGCACAUGAGCCCGACUUAGAAAUUCGUAAUCACCAGGAUCUUACGCCACUUGCCAUCGCCAUUCGAUCUAAGAAUUUGCGAGCCAUGUAUGCUUUACUUAUCUCGGGUGCCAAUAUAGGAGCUCGUCUCAGUCACAGGCAGACCUACUUGCAUCUGGCCUGCUGUCUAGGGAAUGAAGAAGCUGUGUGGGCACUUCUUUCUGCUGGUGCCGAUACUUCCCACAAAGACGAUUACGGCAAUACUGCGGAGGAUCUUGCUGCCAUCAUUGGUCGUUCUGAUAUCGUCGAUUUAUUCCCUAGGAAAGGUGAUCAUGGCUCUAGUGCAGGAUCUCACUAUAGCGAAUAUUCCACCAACGAAUAUCUUGACGGGGAUUUAUCUAACGGCGAAGAAACUGACAUCUCAGAUUCUGGUCAACUUCCCCCAUUAUCAACACCCCAAGAUCUUGCUUUCCGUCCCAAAUCAAGCCAAUCUACCUCAACGCUUGGAGAGUAG